AUGAUGAAAAUAUUUUCAUUAUUAUUCGUUAUUUAUCUCACAUCCAUCAAUAUUCAAAGUAGCAAUGCAGAAAUUGAUUGUACCAUCUAUGAUAAUGAUCUCGAUGCUGUCAAUAUGAAUCCAUUUUAUGUUGAACGCAGUCAAGCUUCUUAUCCUCGUACAUCCGCUCUUUAUGAUUAUACAUUAAAAGUUACGGAGCUUAGUAUAGUUGAUGAUGCUAAUCCAUCUUCAAGUAUAUUUUGUGUGAAAAAUUUACAAAAACUUCAAUUAAUAAAUACAAAUUUAACAAUAUUACCUGAUAUAAAAAAUUUUCAACAGUUAACAUCAUUAUUAAUUCAAACAGAUAAUGGUAUUAUUGAUCAACAUUUACCAUCUGAAUUCGGACAAUUAAGAUCUUUAUCAGAUUUAACAUUAUCUAAUAUUAAAAACCUUGAAGAUUUACCUAAUGAAAUUGAACAUUUAAUUGAUUUAACAUCAUUAACAUUACAGAACAUGCCAAAUUUUAAUAAAAUACCCGAUGAAAGUAUUGGUAAAUUAAUUUAUCUUAAUAGAUUAAAUUUAAUUGAUUUACCAAAUCUCUCAAAUAUUCCAUCAACAAUGAAUAAUUUUCAAUUAUUACAACAAUUAGAAAUAACUAAAACGAAUAUUAAUAAUUUAUCAUUAGACAAUUUAAUGAGUUUAUAUGGUUUAAAAAUAUCAUUUAAUUCAAUAUUAAAAACAGUUCAAAUUACAAAUAUGUUAAAAUUGUAUUCAAUUGAUAUUCGAAAUAAUAAUGAAUUAUUAACAUUAAAAUUGCAAAAUUUGUCUUCAUUACAAUCAUUAUCAAUUCCAUCAAAUACAAAAUUAAUUUCUUUAGAUAUGGAAAAUCUAUCUGCUAUUUCAACAAUAUCAAUAACAGAUAGUGCACAAUUAAAAAGUAUUAUAUUAAAAAGCUUUUCUAAGUUGAAUACUUUUGAAUUAUAUUCAUUAUCAAAUCUUGAAUUGGUUUCAUUUGAAAAUACACCAGUAUUAUCAACUGUUACGAUUAAAACGAGUCCUCAAUUGAAAACUAUUUCAUUUGUUGAUGUACCAUCAAUAACAAAUCUUGAUUUGUCUGGAUGUCAAUUAACAACAUUUCCUGAAAGUAUUUUAACAUUAAAAUCUUUAGGGAAAUUAGUUAUGACAUCAAAUCAAUUAUCAACAUUACCAUUAACAUUAUCAACUGAUUUGCCUAAUUUACGGAUUCUUAAUUUGGUGAAUAAUAAACUUCAAGGAAAUAUUUUUCAACCACCACUUGUUUAUGUUCGUGAACUUUAUCUUAGUAAUAAUUCAUUAACAUCCAUUGAUGGUAUUGGAAAACAUAAAUCUUUACAACGGUUAGAAUUAGAUUAUAAUCAAAUUUCAUCAAUUCCACUUGAAAUCAUGAAACUAUCACCGACAUUAACGCGAAUGACAAUCACCUAUAAUCCACUGAAUCAUAUUCCAUUCUCAAUGACAAAUAUGAGAUCAUUAAACACUUUUUAUGCCGCUUAUAAUAAUAUUUCACUUAAUGAACGCGCAUAUAUCCGUAAUUUAUUCCAGAAACCACCUAUGAACGUUAAUUUUAAUUAA